CGCACCCCAUUCCAUUCACUGACAGCAAUGGCUACCACGGAAGUGGAGCGCAGACGUGGCCAGCUUGCUGCUCUGUCCAUAGCAGCAGUGGUCAUCAUUAUCGGAGUCCCUCUGUGGUGGCGAACAACUGAAACAUACCGUGCCUGGUUGCCUGUCAGUCAGAUAAAGGAGUUAGAUAUUCUGCAGCUGCAGUUGAGUGCUGAUGUGGAGGUUGUGUUUGCACGUGGAACUGUGACACCAGAACAGCAGAAGAAGGUCCCGCUGACGCUGACACAGGAUGAUGAACAUAUAGUAGAUGAGAGAACAUCUUUGAGGUACAGGUAUGAGACAAAGUACCGCACAGCUACAAUCAUGGAGGAGGAUGCUCUGAACCAGCCCACUGCAGCAGAGGCUGAUCUAUCUCUGCACACGCUCAGUGAGAGUCCAUGUGGUUCUUUAGUUGUAUACGUGAUCCCAGAGAUGUCUUCACUGCUGCCUGAGGAUACGGAUGUUUAUAUCGGACAAAAACGCACAGCUCUGCUACGAAUUGGCGCGCAGAUGAGAGUAGGCAGGACGCUAGAGCAACUGCUAGCUCACCUGGAGCCUCGGAUCAAGAAGGUGCUUCAGGUGAUGUCUUUUAGCAACACUGAUAUCACCGCUGCCCUCAGCAACAGAGUGCGCCCCAGCCCUGGCAACAAAGAGAGUAUUGCUGACAGUAUGAGAGCCUUUAAAUCCAGCCCAGGUUAUGAGAUAACCUUUAGUCUGCUUAACCCAGACCCAAAGUCACAUCGGUUGUACUGGGACAUAGAGGGUGCUGUGGAGACUUACAUCCAACCUUUGCUAACAAAACUGUCCCCUUUGGCCAACUUCAGCAUCGACUCUCAGACCUUGUAUUACACUGUGCUCGGUGUCAACCCUCGAUUUGACAGCAGCCGCAACGGCUACACACUCAACUGUGACAGCCUGGCUCAUGUCAUCAACCCUGUGGAAGCCAGACUUGGCUCUAAUGCUGCAUCUUCCAACCCAGUGCUGAACUUUCUUCUUUAUGUUCCUGAUGCUGCACAUUCCCCCUUAUACAUUCAGGACCACCAGAAGAAGGAAGUGACUUCUAAUGCAUUUCAUUCUCCACGGUGGGGCGGAAUCAUGGUCUAUAAUGUCAAUGGUGUCUCUGGACCAGAUGUAGAGCUACCUGUGGACGUCAACAUCAACAUGGCCAAAGUCAUGGGAGUCUUUCUUGCACAGCUUCGACUGCUGCUAGGUGUGCAGUCCUCCACGCCACCCCCUGGCUUCCUGAUUGCGCAGUGCGGCAGUGCAGGACUCGCUGACUGGGAGCUUGAUCGUCUCAUGUGGAGUCGAACUGUUGAAAAUGUUGCAACAGCAACCACCACCAUCACCUCUCUGGCACAGCUGCUGGACCAGAUAGGCAACAUUGUCAUCAAUGACAACAUUGCUGAACAGGUGUCCAGUGCAGUCACAUCCCUGCAGCUGGCCAUGGCUGAGUUGGAGGCCGGGAACCUCGGCUUUGCUCUGCAGUACAGUAAAGAGGCCAUCCUAGCAUCAGAGAGAGCCUUCUUUGACCCAUCUCUCCUUCACCUCCUUUACUUUCCCGAUGAUCAGAAGUUUGCCAUCUACAUCCCUCUCUUCCUGCCCAUGUGUGUGCCUAUCCUGCUGUCGCUGCUGAAAAUUGUGUCUGAGGCAAGAAAGAAACGCAAAGAAAAGCAGGCAAAGAAGGAUUGAGAGGGACAUUUGAAGAGAUGUGAGCAAAGAUCUGAACAAAAAGUAUCAUGAAUGAACUUUUCUUUCAUUGAGUGGCCUUUACAUUAAGCAUGACGACAGGCUUAUCUGCAGCACCGGGGUUUGGGGUUCUCAAAUGUGAUGUGAUUUUUUUAUUCUUCAUGUAAUAAAUUAUUUUUAUUUUAGGAUUGUUACAAAUGGCUACAACACUGGGAAGCUUGAAUUAUUGUAAAUGUGUACAGAUUUUUAUAUUUGAAUGUCACUACCUACUGUAAGUUAUUUGAAAUUUGAGGCUUAAGUUGUAACUUUUGUUUUUUUUUUUAUGUUCCUGUGGUAUGAAAUAAAUCUAUUGUAUCUUAUACCUUUAAGAAUUUGCAGGAUAAGCAUUUGCCAAAGCAAACUUGCUCAUUGUUUUGGUUCUUUGCCCAAUUAAAACCAUAAGAAAAUCCAA